UAACUCCAUAUCCACGCAAUCUUGCACCCAGCUGUGCAUAGUGUUUUAGAUAUACUUUUUAAAUCUUUGUUUAUAAUUUAGAAGCUAGUGAUGUAUUUGUUUAGCUUUUAAUUAUAUAAAAAGAGUCUUAAAACUAAUAAUGCGGCACAAAUAUUAUUUAAAUAGACCGUGUUAUCUGUAGUAUAAACGAAUAUCAUCUAUACGGAUUAAUUGUUAAAAAUUUAUCUUCAAAAUGUAUAAAUUAAUUUUAUUUAUUAGCAUUUGUUUUUACCUUAAUCAUGAUGUUGCUGGUCUCAUCGAUGGAUUGUAUUGUGGAAAACAUAACUGUUACUCCGUUUUGGGCAUUGAUCGCGAUGCAACAAAAGUUGACAUUGCCAAAGCUUAUCGUCAACUGGCAAGAAAAUUUCAUCCCGAUAUGCACAAAACAGAAAAAGCAAAGCAAGAAGCUUCAGAAAAGUUCACUUUGAUUGCCACAGCUUAUGAGGUGUUAAAAGAUGAAGAGAGUAGAAAAGAUUAUGAUUACAUGUUGGAUAAUCCAGACAAAGUAUAUGGUCACUACUACAGGUACUAUAGACGUCAAAUGUCUCCUAAAGUUGAUGCUCGAAUUGUUAUCGCUGUUACUAUAACUGUGAUUUCUGUUGUUCAGUAUCUUGGAGCCUGGUCUAGAUAUAAAUCUGCCAUUAAUUAUCUUAUUACUGUGCCAAAAUAUCGCUUAAAGGCUAUGGAAAUUGCAAAAGAAGAAAACUUAUUGGUUGUUGACAAAAAGCGGAAUAAAAAGUCUAAAGAGCAACUAAAAGAAGAGUCUGAAAAUAUUUUAAAGAAAAUUUUAGAAGAAAGAAUGGACAUCAGGGGUGGCUAUUCAAAGCCAUCGUUGAUGGAUGUAUUAUGGGUUCAAUUAGUCUGUCUUCCAUACACUAUUCUGAAAUACAUGUUUUGGAAUAUUCGAUGGCUUUGGAAGUUCAGCAUUAUGAAGGAGGAGUAUGGUGAUGAGGAGAAGCUAUAUAUCAUUAGGAAGCACCUGCAGUGUUCACAGACUCAAUGGGAAGCUCUGCCAGAUGAAGAAAAAGAAGAAUGUUUAGGAGGAGAGCUUUGGAUUAAAGAAAACUUCAUUAAAUGGAAACAAAAAAAGGAAGAUGAUAUGAAAGCCAAGUAUGCUGAAAGUGCUCGAUACAGGAGCAAUCGAAGAUACAUGAAAAAUCAAGGAUCGAGACAAAUCACAUUUGAAGAUUAAAAUCACAAAUGAUCUUUGUAAAUAAUGAGACUAUGUUUCAUUGUAAAUUUGUAAAUUAUAUCAUGGAUUAUAAAAAUUGAAAAGGAA